AUGCUUCUGCACUUCAAAAGAAAGCUGAAAAGACCCUCUCCUCCUUUCUCUGCGCUCUCCUCUCUCCUCAAACCCACCUUCUUUGCUUCACUCUCUCUUCAAUACCAAUCCCCAAAUCCCUCAUUCACAUCAUCAGCUCCUCAAUUCGACAACAAUCAAACGCACCUUAAAGCCAUUCCUUCUUGUUCUAACCCUCAUGCGGAAUCCACUUGUCUAACACCCACAUACUCUAAUUAUGCCUCUCUCCUCCAAUCUUGUAUCGCCCGAAAAGCGAUCAAGCCUGGAAAACAACUCCACGCCCAAGUUUGCCUCACUGGGUUUGGUUUUGAUACCGUCAUAGCCACCAAACUUGUGAAUCUUUAUUGUGUUUGUGAUUCUUUAUCAAGUGCCCGCCUGCUGUUCGAUAGAAUUCCCAAGCAUAAUAUUUUCCUUUGGAAUGUGUUAAUUAGAGGGUAUGCUUGGAAUGGACCCUAUGAGGCUGCCGUCCAGCUGUACUACCAAAUGUUUGAUUAUGGGCUUGUGCCCGAUAAUUUUACCUUCCCAUUUGUUCUCAAGGCUUGUGCCGCUCUGUCUGCAAUUGAGCAUGGGAGGGAAAUUCAUGAGCAUGUGGUUCAGACCGGAUGGGAAAAGGAUGUGUUUGUGGGUGCGGCGCUUAUUGAUAUGUAUGCUAAGUGUGGCUGUGUGGGGAGUGCUCGUGAAGUUUUUGAUAAGAUUUUGGUAAGAGAUGCUGUUUUGUGGAACUCUAUGCUUGCAGCUUAUUCCCAAAAUGGCCACCCGGAUGCCUGUCUUUCUCUUUGCAGUGAGAUGAUGUUGACGGGUCUGAGACCUACCGAGGCUACCCUUGUCACUGCAAUCUCGGCCUCAGCUGAUAAUGCAGCACUUCCUCAAGGGAGAGAGCUUCAUGGGUUGAGUUGGAGGCAAGAGUUUGAAUCCCAUGACAAAGUGAAAACUGCACUGGUUGAUAUGUAUGCUAAGUGUGGUUCAGUAAGGGUUGCACGGAAUUUGUUUGAGAGACUUGGAGUGAAAAGAGUUGUUUCUUGGAAUGCCAUGAUUACUGGGUAUGCAAUGCAUGGCCAUGCUACUGAAGCACUUGACUUGUUUGAGGAGAUGAAUAGAGUAGCUAAGCCUGAUCAUAUAACUUUUGUAGGUGUUUUAUCAGCUUGCAGCCAUGGAGGUUUGCUGGAGGAAGGCUGGAUGUUUUUUGAAACAAUGAUAAGAGAUUAUAAGAUUGAUCCAACGGUUCAGCACUAUACAUGCAUGGUUGAUCUCCUUGGCCAUUCUGGUCGAUUGGAUGAGGCUUAUAAUCUUAUAAUGCAAAUGAAAGUGGUGCCAGAUUCUGGUGUUUGGGGUGCUUUGUUGAACUCAUGCAAAAUCCAUGCAAAUGUGGAGUUGGGGGAAAUAGCAUUAGAGAGGCUAAUUGAGCUUCAACCUGACGAUGCUGGCAAUUAUGUGAUUUUAUCGAACAUUUAUGCUCAAGCAGGGAAGUGGGAAGGAGUUGCAAAGCUUAGAAAGUUAAUGACUGAUAGGAGACUGAAGAAAAGCAUUGCUUGUAGCUGGGUUGAAGUGAAAAACAAAGUCCAUGCAUUUCUUUCUGGAGAUACUUCACAUCCUCUGUCAGAUGAGAUAUACGCAGAGUUAGAGAGGGUGGGAGGACUAAUGAAAGAAGCUGGCUAUAGCCCGAGUACUGGAUCAGUUUUCCAUGAUGUCGAGGACGAUGAGAAGGCUAAUAUGGUUUGCAGUCACAGCGAGAGACUAGCGAUCGCAUUUGGACUCAUAAGUACGCCCCCUGGGACCAGGCUUCUAAUAACCAAGAACCUCCGUAUUUGUGAGGACUGCCAUGUUGCGAUCAAGUUCAUAUCAAAAAUCACCGAGAGGGAAAUCACCGUAAGAGAUGUUAAUCGCUACCACCAUUUCAAGGAUGGUGUAUGUUCUUGUGGUGAUUAUUGGUGAACUGAGCAAGGAAAAGCCUUAAGGAAAUUUCGGGUCUGAGAAUUGGUUUCCAACAGAAGCAACUCAAGAGUCUGAAGCAUAAUUUGGGGAGAUGUUGUGAAGGAAAAUUCAAGAAAGAAUUUGGCUGGGAGAAAAGCAACAGAUGUUAACAGUUAAAUUACGUUGGAAUACUACAGAAUUUUUUUGAAUAAUUCACUGGGCUUCAUACCAAGAAAGGCAUGCCAGAAACUGUGAUCAUGUCUCUGUUAUUGCUUCAGAAAGCAUUGAUCUUAAGGAUGGGCUAUAUGGGCAGCUCAUAACUGGAAAAUUUGGAGCAUUUCACUCCCCUCCGGUCUCCAGAGACAUUAAAUAAAGGAGGGUUUUCGGAUUCAUACAACAAAUGAAAGACUGAUUAACUGCAGACAUGACAGCCCAUUUGAAAUGAAAGAAUCAGAGUUAUCCCCAGAUUUCUACCUAAUGGAAUUCAUCAUGGUAAGAAGAAGAGCAGUUCUUGUUUUUUGUUCUGAUAUUCUCUCUCUAAAUGUCAUACAAUUUGAGCAGAGAAGGAUGAAGAAGGGGAAAGAGACAUGAUCUCGCACCAUGAUAUGAGAUUUUUCUACAGAAUAUUGUUAGAGAGUGAAACUUCAAGAAAUAAGCCCAUAUAAUAUGGAGGAAGGAACUAGUCUCGUCCCCUGAUGUGCAAAGAUGGUGGAAGAAGAUCUUAAGAUCUAGUUUGAAAUUUGAAAGCGCAAAUGUCUCCGGUGGAACCAUUGCACCAGAUCCUGUCCACCAAAAGUUCAAAAAGUCGAAACAAAAAACUAUUUUUGGCGGA